UCGGAGCCCCUGGCGUGGAGCUGGGAGCUUUGUCCCGGCCGGUGUCUGGCUUGGCCCGGGCUGCGCGCCGCAAAACCGAAGGCAGGUACCGUCUGGGGUCGGAUCCUGAGGCUCCUCCGUCCUUCACACUGAUCCACUGAAAGAGUCCCUGAACUGUGCUUUGGCUCUGACUGAAAGAAGGAGGUUUUGUUUUACUGGCAGAGGAAGAGCAAAGGGGAGAGGUUCAAAGGACUGGCAGCUCCCAGAGCACACUCCAAACAGUUCUAGAUGUGACUCAAUCCCAUGAUGCAACAUGUCUCCCCAGCACCAGCUCUGACAAUGAUGGCCACACAGAGUGUGCCCCCUCCCCCUUACCAAGACAGCCAGCAGAUGACUGCCACAGCGCAACAGCCGGCUAAGGCACAGCCAGUGCACAUCACAACACCCUCGGCAGCAGCCAACACCCCAGUCCCCAGCACUCCUAUUGACCCUCAGGCGCAGCUGGAGGCUGACAAGCGAGCUGUCUACAGGCAUCCUCUUUUCCCACUCCUGACGCUGCUGUUUGAGAAGUGUGAGCAGGCAACACAGGGCUCCGAGUGCAUCACCUCUGCCAGCUUUGACGUGGACAUUGAGAACUUUGUACACCAGCAGGAGCAGGAACACAAACCAUUCUUCAGUGAUGACCCCGAACUGGACAACCUGAUGGUGAAAGCAAUUCAGGUCCUGAGAAUUCAUCUGCUGGAGCUGGAGAAAGUGAAUGAAUUGUGCAAGGACUUUUGUAACCGUUAUAUCACCUGCCUCAAAACAAAGAUGCACAGCGAUAACCUACUCAGGAAUGAUCUUGGGGGGCCUUACUCCCCAAACCAGCCCUCCAUAAACCUACACCCACAGGAUUUGCUGCAGAAUUCUCCGAACUCGAUGACUGCAGUGGCCAACAACCCCCAGGGAAUUGUGGUCCCAGCAUCAGCGCUGCAGCCGGGGAACAUCUCCAUGACAACGGUCAAUUCACAAGUUGUGUCAGGUGGAGCCCUUUACCAGCCUGUAACUAUGGUAACAUCUCAGGGCCAGGUGGUAACCCAAGCAAUCCCACAAGGAGCCAUACAGAUCCAGAACACACAGGUUAACCUGGAUCUGACCUCCCUCCUUGACAGUGAAGAUAAAAAGUCAAAGAACAAACGGGGGGUCCUACCGAAGCACGCUACCAAUAUAAUGCGUUCCUGGCUCUUCCAGCAUCUUAUGCACCCUUACCCAACAGAGGAUGAGAAAAGGCAGAUAGCAGCACAGACAAACCUGACACUUUUGCAAGUCAAUAACUGGUUUAUCAAUGCCCGACGGCGCAUUCUGCAGCCCAUGCUUGACGCGAGCAAUCCAGAUCCAGCCCCCAAAGCCAAGAAGAUCAAAUCCCAGCACCGUCCUACUCAAAGAUUCUGGCCCAACUCUAUUGCAGCUGGAGUGCUGCAGCAACAAGGAGUCAAUCCUACUACCAAUCCUGACGGCUCCUUAAUUAUGGACAAUCUGCAGUCCCUGUCUUCCGAUAAUGCUACCAUUGCUAUGCAGCAAGCCAUGAUGGCAGCUCAUGACGAUUCACUUGAUGGAACAGAAGAUGAGGAGGAGGAUGAAAUGGAGGAAGAAGAAGAAGAAGAACUGGAGGAAGAUAACGAUGAGCUCCAGACAACGAAUGUCAAUGACCUUGGCUUGGAGCACAGUGACUCACUGGAGUAGCAAAGAAUUGAAGGUUCCCUGAUUUACGGUAGAGCAGAUGCCUCCUGGAAAGAUGUUUGCCUACCUAAAUCAGCAGCCUGAGGAAUUGUAGAGGAACCCUGAUCUUUGACAUACAAGCCCCCCACAUCGCUUUAAAAAUUAUGUAUGACAAAAUCAAGUAAUGAUACCCUUACAAAGUGUCCUGCUUGCCUGCAAUACACUGCAGCUGUGGACUGGAGUGCACAUUUAAGAGACCAGUAGAAUGUGCAGGGUAAUUAUUUAAGUGAAGGACACAUGUUUACAAGGCACAUAUUGUGGCCAGUUUUUUGUUUUUUUUUGUGUUGUUGUUGUUGUUUUUGAUAAGAACAAAAGUGUUUUUAGGGCAAGCUGUUUUCUGUAUGACUGAGUCUUUGAUGGAUGUUAUCAUGCAAUGCCUUUUUUUGACAUGCAGGUGAGAGGCCGGUCUGUUUUCAUUUUCACUGCUUUUAUGAAAGAUUUAUAGAUACAAAAGGAUUGAUGCUUUUUUUAAGUAAAAGAUUGUAAUGAUUAUAAAUAUCUAAAUGUAGGGAAAUCAGAGUUUGCCAAUUGUCAGAAUUUAAAACUGAACAUUGAAAGACUUUAGUGCUGGAUCCAUUUAGAUUCCUGAUUAGUGCUGAUUAAAUGAAUGUCAACUCUUCAGACUACCAUCUCUUCCUAUACAGAGUGACAAACCCCAGGAAGUACAGAGGGGACACACACAUUGAUGUAAAUCGGUCUGGUGAUUGGGCACCAGACUGUGAGCUGAGCAGCCUUUGUCAAACUUAGAAAACUUUUAAUUUAAUGGUCUGCUUGUGAUACAGUUAGUGAAAUUUCUAUAGGUGCAAUGUCACAUGACCAAGAAUGUCCUCACGUGAUGCCAUCUAGGUACCAUUCAAUGUUUAGAAGAUCACAAAUAUUCAGAAACCGAUCAAGAAAUAAUUGGGCAUUCUUAUGUUUUAAUGAAAUAUAAACACAAAAUGCUAAAUUUGCCUUGUUCAUCUGAAACGUAGUCAGAUUUCAGAAUGCUGAAAGCAGUCUCAGAUUCUGCUAUGCUACAAUGCAAGCCAUCUCUAUUUGAUCUCCUGGUUUUAAGACUUCGUGGAUUUCUGAACUGGGAAAAGUGUUUUUGAGCUAGCUGAAGAUGCUAUCCAGAUGGCGAAAUAUAAAAAUGCCCCUUGCAUUACUUCCACCUCUCAUCUGGAAUCCCCACCAACUAUCCCUCUCAUGUAAAGCAUUCUGCUGAGAGAUUGAUGAAAAGCCGUCUUGAAAUAAGAUGCUCAUUUAGGCGAUGUCUACACUGAAGCAGUGUUAGCUCUGCUCAAGUUAGUGUGCCAUAAAUAGCAGUGUAGCUGUGGUAGCAGGGGUAGUGACUCAGUCUAGGCACCUGAGUACGCACCCACCCAAACCCGCUUGGCACACACUCAGGUGGCGAGCCCAAGCUGCCACCUGUGCUGCCCCAGUUACACUGCUAUUUGAGCAGAGCUAACAAGUAUCUGUCUAGCCGCACUGGGAAGUACACUCCCUGCUGCAGUGUCGACAUAGCCUUAGGCAUGUUUAGUAGCAGUAGGAUGGGAUCAGAGCCAUAAAAGUUUUCUUCACUGAAUGAGGAAGAAGACAUUUCAUGAAGCACUGGCAAAACUAAUCACAGACAAGACUUUCCUGAGAUCAGAAACAUUUGCUGACCUGACUAACAUAUAUACAAAUGUAGUAAACAAAUAAGAAUCAGAUUAUGGAUAUAAUCACAGAAAUGGCAACAAAGGCCCUCUUGUAUUCACACAGUAGGAAGGAAAUAAACUCCCCCUUGAUAGAAAGAGAUUUCACCCCAAAACAUCACUUGCAUUCAAUCUCCUCCUCUCUCCACACACUGAAUGGUAGAACUGAAUAUGGUUGUGUUGUCCAUAAAAUUUCAUUGAAUGAAUUUUCAGUCCAUUUGUAGGAGAACAAUUUCAGUGACAAGCCUUGGAAUCAUAGAAUAGCAGGGUUGGAAGGGACCUCAGGAGGACAUCUAGUCCAACCCCCUGCUCAAAGCAGGACCAAGCCCCAGAUAGAUUUUUGCCCUAGAUCUCUAAGUAGCCCCCUCAAGGAUUUAGCUCACAACCCUGGGUUUAGCAGGCCAAUGCUCAAACCACAGAGCUAUCCCUCACCCCUUGGCUGGCAUUGUUGUGCAGGCUGAUAAUGACCUUUAGCAAAACAACUGGGGCCCUCCAAAUUCCACCUUUGAGGAGCAGUCAGUAACUGAGACUGAGGAAGGGCUUCCUGAAAUGAAUGUAUUCCUCCCUACAAUGAGCUGUUAGUGAACGGUUUAAUAGAAAUUUGAGAAAGAAACAACUUUAUUUAUAAUCAGUGGUAUAGAGCAAUAUGUUUUGCUUCCUUUCCAUGCCAUAAAUAGAUCACAUUUCCCCUUUGAAAAUCCAGUGGAAUUAGGGCAGCCAGAAAAGAAGAAUUCCAUUCCACAAUCAAUUGACAUAUAAGAACACAAGCAAACUGAGAUUUGCACACCUGAGAGCAAUCGCUCAAGAGCCAGUAGCCUGAUGGUUAGGAUACUCAGCGGUGGGGUAGAAGAUGCAGAUUCCAGGCCCUGCUCUAAUUCAAAGCAGGGAUUGGACCUGUGUCUCCACAUCCUAGGGAAAUGCCCUUUCCAUCAGGCAAAAGAGCCAGGCCUUAUCUACUAACUUCAAAGUUAGGACAACAUUGCUAUGGUGUUCAUGGGUUUGAAAAGUUCACACCCCAGAGCUAUGCUGAUCUAACUCCUGGGAUAGAUACGGCUAGGUCGAUGAAAGAGUUCUUUCAUUGUCCUAGCUACUGCCACUCAGAGAGGUGGAUUGCUUACAGCGAUGGAAUGCACCUUACAUCAGUGUAGAAUAGGGGUCUGCAACCUCUGGCACGCGGCUUGCCAGCGUAAGCACCCUGGCGGGCCGGGCCAGUUUGUUUACCUGCCGCGUCAGCAGGUUUGGCCAAUCGCAGCCCCCACUGGCCGCGGUUCACCGUCCCAGGCCAAUGGGGGCUGCGGGAAGCGGCGCAGGCCGAGAUUUGUGCUGGCCGCAGCUUCCCGCCACCCCCAUUGGCCUGGGACGGCGAACCGCGGCCAGUGGGGGCUACAAUUGGCCGAACCUGCCGAUGUAGCAGGUAAACAAACUGGCCCGGCCCGCUAGGGUGCUUACCCUGGCUAGAGGUUGCCGACCCAUGGUAUAGGAAGUGUCACUGUUGGUGUUAUAGCCGUACUGCCGUAGCACCUGUAGUGUAGACAUGGCUGCAGUCUCUCUCACCCGUUGGAGCUGUGCCACUUUGUAGAAACAAUUAAAUGUUAAUUGGACCAGAGAGAGACUGUCUCUGUUGCCUGGCUUUCUCUCUCUCUCUUCCCAGAAAUCCCAUGCUGGACCUGAGAAACCAUCCCGUUGAGAAUGAUGCAUUUCGGUGAAAAAUUUUGGUUUUGAAAAUUCUGCCUUUUCAAAUGAAAAAAAUGGUUUGGCAGAAAAUUUCCAACCAGCUGACAGCUAGGAUGGAAGCUUUUCUUUUCUGGUUCAUAUUCUUACUUAAAUAUGCACAGACCCAACAUCAGCCCAGCACUAAGGAUUGUGUACACAACUUAUUCUUGAUGGAACUACUUAACACACACUGAGUUUUGAGACAGUUUCAGUGAGUUUAAUGUUUUAUGACAGCGCUUGAUCCCAUUUUUAAUUAUUAUUUUUCUGUAACAAUGAUUUUUCCUGGCCCCCGAACUACAGUUUCUCGUUUGUUCCUUCUUUUGCCUCUUGAGCAGUUGAGAGGUUUGAUUAUCUACAAUAAGGGUUGAAUCCAUGAUAAUUCCUUGGGAAUUUAUUGGGCUGGCAAUGGGCAUAAGGGCCUGUUUUCAGUACUGAUAUGGCGUGAAUGUAAUAUGUAAUUUCAUAGAAAUUUCAUUGUAAUCUAGUAUUAAUUCAUGUCCAUUUAUUAUAAAGUGCUAUCAGAUGA